AUGAGCGCCGUCCUCAGGCAGGCUGCGACUGCAGCUCGUUCCACCGCCCGGUUCAACGCGCGUGCGUUGUCGACGUCCCCCGUCUCCCGCAAAGACUUGGUGCAGGAAAUUUAUGUCAAGGAGAUCAAAUCAUACAAGGCCCCGCCUCUGCCCAAGGACGCCCACGUCGGCCAUGUAAAACCCUUCUCUGCACCCAGCGCACCGAAGCCCCCCACAGUCCCCGCAGACCUCGCAUCAGAGCUCUCGGCUUACGACGCGCAGGAGCCCGUCAAGGAGGCGUCCAAGGCCCCGGCCGCGGCUGCCUCUACGGAAGAAGUCGGAACUGGUGCAGACGCCUUCCUCGCAUUCCUCGAGGCCGAUCCUCCCAAGGGAGAGGAGGCACACCACUAG